AUGGCAAAGGUGGGCAGGGCAGGUAUGGCAGACCAUGACACGGCCUGGGAGAGUGAGGGGCUGCUGGAGCAGUUCUCCAGGAUGUCCACAGCCCCGGACGAGGAUGGGCUGAGAAGUGAAGAGAGCAGCUCUCUCCUGAACGCUGAUAGCGGCGGUGUCGGUCUGCUGUAUUUGAGCGACGAGGUGCUGCUCGGUAUUCUGAAGCUCCUGGACCCCGUGUCUCUGCUCAGACUCGGCAGCACCUGCUCGGCCCUCUUCAGAAUCGGUUCCUGUGAUUCGCUGUGGGUUCGCCACUUUCAGGAUUCAUUUGGUGUUGGCCUUCCAAAUGGCACAGCGAGUUCCACCGUCCUGGCCAAAACUGCCUUCCGUCUGGUGUUCAUGUGGAGAACUCUAUUCCGAAACAUCCUUUGUAACCGCUCGCUUCAAGAGAAGCUGUUUGCUGAAGUCCCGUUUCCACCUCGUGUGUACUGGAGCCAGUGGCUUGUACUGGAGGAGCGUGUGCCCCUGCCCUCAGCACUGCUUUUAUGCAGCGAUGUGGAGAAGCUGUGGGGCAUCCCCAGAGAGCUCUUCAGAGAGAAGCUUCAAGACAAAUCUGAAGAAUGCGAGACCCUCAAAUUUGAAUGGAGGGAGCUGUAUAACCUUGCCCUCAGUCAUCAUGGCAGUGCUGCGAUGGUGUUUCAUCACGUUCUCUCCCAACACCAAGACAGCGACCACUCAGAGCUGGAGUCCAUGUACCACCAGUACAUGCAGUGCAGGUUUCAAUGGCUUUUCACCUACUGGCUCUUCCGCCAACCAGCACCAUUUAACCGACAACUGCGGGCCAUCUUUCUGCAGUGGAGAAAGCACAGCAAGAAGAAAGUGGCCACGUGGGGAGAAACUCUGUGCGAUGUAAGAUAUCUAGCCUCACUGCACCCCAUCACCUCCGACUACUGGAGGGGCCACCUGGCUCGGGGAGACGAGAACGUGGGUAUUCAUACAGUGGAAAACUACUUCUCUAUGUGCAAAUCACUAGUGGCCUGGAUCUUGGGCCGUGACUGGGGAAAACUGAAACGCAGAAAGGUGUACGAGGACACUCUGGAAGGCGUGUACAUGCUUCUGAAGAGGGAGAUGCAGGAGACCCUGGUAGAGCACGAGCGGUUCUGGCAGGUGGCCAAAGUCCAGAUGAGCCGAGUGUGCGCCCUGGAGGAGACAGCUGCUAAUUACGUCAACUGGAAGAUGAUCGAGACGCUGCCCUACUACAAGUUGUAUUUGGUGUCUGGCAGUGCUGUCUAUCUGGAGCAUGUGAAGGGUUUCCUGCGCAGGAAGAGGAUGGUGCAUAACUGGAUCUUUCUAGAAGAAAAUGCCUGGCUAAGACAGCUGCUCCCUGAUGAGCUCUAUACACUGCUGGAAUAUGACACCAAGAUCCCUCAAGAUACUUUGCAUGGGAGCUCUCUGAGUUCCCAGUUGAGUCGGCUCAUCUGGCUGUAUCUGCAUUCCGGUCAGCAGCUCUAUCUGGAAACGGUGAAGGGGAUGGUCCUGCAGUGUGCUCAUGCCCACCUGAGCUACCUCACCGCCAGCGCCCUCUCACAGAUCGUCUUUGAGCCACCUGUGGCUUAGGCCAGGCCUUUGCUCAUGCCUGACCCUGAUCCC